GAUCACUGGUUUUGGAGGGUACGGGACAACGCAGUGAUGCCGGGGUACCCCAUGCUCAUCAAUGUCUUCUGGAGAGGACUGCCCCCCAAGAUAGACGCCGUCUACGAGAACAGCGAGGGGAAAUUUGUCUUCUUCAAAGGUAAGGAUGCCCACAGAUGUAUUAUACAUGAUCUAUAUCAGGGAUGGGCAACUGGCGGGCCACGGGUCGCAUGGCCCCCCUUUUGUAGGCCCGCGGACCAAUACAAAAAAAUACAAAUAAUAAUACGUAUUUUGUUUUGGGGGGAGGGGACUCAUUCUUACUUACUGUUGAGAGUUAGAAUAAUAAAAUACUCAAGGUGCAAUUUCGUAAUGUAGUUGUGCAUCAGCAGUCACUCAAUUAGUGCAUGUCAGCCCUAAACAUUUUUGAUUGGUAAAUUAGUCUAGCGGCCAGCUAUCUAAACUUGUAGUAAUCAUGGUCGAAUUACCGACCGGGGUGGGGCCUAUUGAUCAUCAGUUAUCAUAUUAAAAGCUGCAAACAUUUGCCUCCAUCCUUUAGCAAAAUGUGUAGAAUUGCAGGAAAUUAGCUUUAAAACUGCACAUUUUUCUCUUUUUCCCCCCACCAACAUUGCCCAUCCCUGAUCUGCAUAAUCAGACAAAUCCUGGACCAAAAAGCAUUUUCAAUAGGAUACAGUAGGAUGGGUCCUGCUCCUUAUUCUUGGUGAUGUGUGUGUGUGCGUGCUUGCGUGCGUGUGUGCGUGGCGUGACAUUGCUGUAGAAGGAUUAACCAGAGGCUUAUCUCUCUGACUAUAGAGACUGUACUUACUGUAACCCAGGCAAUUUGCCUCCUAAUCUCAGACAGUCAAAAGCGGUUUGUCCUGUGAAAAUGUGUGUGUGCGUGCAUGCGUGUGUGUGUGCUUUCAUUUUUACAUUUAUAUUUUAGUCAUUUAGCAGACGCUCUUAUCCAGAGCGACUUACAGUUAGUGAAUGCAUUGUCUCUUCUAUAAGCAGUCUGUUUGAAUGUAUGACCUCACAAGCCCCACUGCAGCACAGGCUGUCUCUUCUCUGAGUGUGUUUACAUCAUAUAAACCUAUAGCAGAUGAAGGGGAUGUCUCAAUAUAUACAUUUACUGAAAGAGACAGCAAAUAAACAAACAAAUAGACUUAUAUACUCCCAUGAGAGUGGAAGGGAGGGAUGUGGGGAAGAGAGGAGACGGGUGUAAAUCUGGGUCUGUCUGGAUAAUAAGUACAAAUCACAGAUGGCACGCAAACACAUUUCUAUUUUUCACAGUUCCUCGAAAAAUAGACUAGUUGUCCCUUGUGUACCGAGAGCUCUUAAUAUCCCUUUUCUCGUUUGUUUCUUUUCCGGUUGUAGCAUUGAGAUUUCCAUUAAAUAAGAGGAUUUAUUAUUAUGUCCAGUAAUAAAACAAAGUGAGCUUUCAAACAGAAGAAAGUGACUCUAUAGGUAACAAUGUAGGUCAAUGACAGGUAACUUAUCCAAUGGCAGGUCGCAAGUUUUACGAUCCUUUUUUUAUUUUUUACGACACAUAUUCAUAUAUGUGGCUGUGUAGAUAAGCAUUCAUGAAUGUUUAUUAAUUGACUAUGAAUGCCUUGUAAGGCAAAGCUUAUAAAGACAUUGUUUGCAACAGACUCAUGCAGACUUGGGUCCCAAAUGGCACCUCAUUCCCUAUUUAGGACACUACUUUUGACCAGGGAAUAUAGGGAAUAGGGUGCCAUUUGCGACUCAGACUUCCUGUCUUUAAAGCUGUGUUAUACAAACACUGAAUUGGCAUAUAAAUUAGACACUCAUUUGAAUAUGUAAAUAUGCAUCGCUCAUAACAACCUUGUUUCUUAGCUGUCUGCCUUUAGAACUAGGGUUGUAUAUAUGUUUGGUGAAAUCUGCUCCAAAAGAAAGUCUUUGAAACUGAAAUAUCUAGUUCUCCCUCGUCAUUGACUCAAUCAUGUAUUUUUUCAAUGGGAGCAAUGCGAUAAGAUAGGAGGUUAUAGUAUCAAAGUGCACUGACUAUAAGUGUGCAUCCCAAUUGCCACCCUAUUCCCUAUAUAGUGCACUACUUUUGAACAGAGCCCUAUGGGUUCUGGUCAAACGUAGUGCACUAUAAAGGGAAUAGGGUGCCAUUUGGGACUUAGGCUAAAUGUAGAAGAGCUUCCAGAGUAACUGCAUCAACCCGUUGAUUCUGUAGCACUGCAGCCAUGGUCUUUCUGAUUAGCCUGCCUCUUUAAUGACAGCCAGACAGAAACACGCGCACGCGCACACACACACACACACACACACACACACACACACACACACACUGGGUAUAUCAAUUGCUUGGUUCUAAGAGAAAUAUGCAUCUACGCGAUCUACCACUCGGGGGAGAGAGACACAAUUGAGCUACAUAUACCGCUAGAGCCUAUAAAUUUUUUAUUUAGCUUUGCCUUGAUUAUGUUUAGUUUUUUAUACAGAGAAAGCUAGCCUACACGGUCAAUGCAUACCCUGUGUUUCUAAAUGUUUUGUGUGGUCACUAUGUGAAAGAGUGUAGCGAAAGUGUUUGGGUGUGUGUGUGUGUGUGUGUGUGUGCGUGUGUGCGUGUGUGCGUGUGUGCGUGUGUGUGUGUGUUUGAUCUGUUUUCAAUUACCGGGCUGAGUCCCAUACAUAAGAAAACGUUGAACAAUUGAAAUCAAUCAGGGCUUAGGGUAGAGUGGAGGGGCCAUGGGACGCUGUGUGUGUGUAUGUGUGUGUGUGUGUCUUUACGUAAUGUGUGUGUGUACAAUACACUCUGUGUGUGGUCCAUGUGGAGGAGGAAGGAGCCUGUUGUUCUUGGCACCUUGCCCAGACUCAAUGAUCACCAUCCCCUGUACAACACUGUUUAGACAUUGUUAGGAGAUAGCAGGAGAUUAGCAGUGUUCACUGUGGUAGGUACAUCUGAGCUAACAUUAAAUACUGACAGUUAAAGUUAAAAGAUGUAGUCAGUCUAGUCUGAAUCAUUAUUCACUCCCCAAAUAUCUCACCCUGGUGAGUUCUGAGAAAGCCCCUUAUAUCCAAUAUCCUUCACACCCGUCUUAACACACCCAUACAUACACACACACACACACACACCCCAAUGCCUCCUGACCCAGUUUACCCAGACUGCCUUAGUGCCUGUGCCAAGGGGAGAGGCUUGGCAGGGCAGGAGUAACCGUGAUAACCAUGAGCCUGCUAUAUAUGGAGCAUGAGAAUGAAACAGGUGUAAUGAACGGCAUUUCCUGUCACAUGACCCUGCCUUCCCUCCCUUCCUCCCACCACAAUCCCAGUUGCCCUUCACUUCACUUCCAUAGACAUUAAAACCAGUUGCCCUUCACUUCACUUCCAUAGACAUUAAAACCAGUUGCCCUUCACUUCACUUCCAUAUACAUUAAAACCAGUUGCCCUUCACUUCACUUCCAUAGACAUUAAAACCAGUUCACUUCACUUCCAUAGACAUUAAAACCAGUUCACAUCCGCCCAGUCCUCCCCAGACUUCUGCCAGUGAAUUAAAAAAAAACACUUCCUGGGGUCACCAAGUCAAAACCAUGCCACAACCUAUUUACCAGAAAUGUAUCCCUCCUCUCCUCCUCUCCAUUCUUCUCUACCUCCCUCGUCUUUCUUCAUCCCUCUCUCCCUCCCUCCUCUCCCUCCAUCCCUCUCUCCCUCCCUCCUCUCCCUCCCUCCUCUCCCUCCAUCCCUCUCUACCUCCCUCCUCCUCCUCCUCCUCCUCUCCCUCCAUUCUUCUCUACCUCCCUCGUCUUUCUCCUCCCUCCUCUCCCUCCUCCUCCACCCUCUCCUCCCUCUCUAUCCCUCUCCCUCCCUCUCCCUCCUUCCCUCUCUCCCUCCCUCCCUCCUCUCCCUCCCUCCCUCCUCCUCCCUCCUCCUCCCUCUCUCCCUCCCUCCUCUCCCUCCUUCCCUCUCUACCUCCCUCCUCACCCUCCUUCCCUCUCUCCCUCCCUCCUUCCCUCUCUACCUCCCCUCCUCACCCUCCAUCCUCUCCCUCCAUCCCUCUCUACCUCCCUCCUCCUCCUCCUCUCCCUCCUCUCUUCUCACCCUCCUCCCUCUUCUUUCUCCAUCCCCUCCUCCUCCCUCCUCCCCUCCUUCCCUCUCCUCCCUCCUCCCUCCUCCUCCCCUCCCUCCCUCCUCUCCUCCCUCCCUCCCUCUCCCUCCAUCCUCUCUCCCUCCUACCCUCCUCUCCUCCUCUCUCCUCCUCCUCGCUACCUCCCUCCUCACCCUCACUGUCCUCUCUACUCCCUCCCCUCACCCUCCUUCCCUCUCUACCUCCCUCCUCUCCCUCCUUCCCUCUCUAAUACCUCCUCCUCACUCCCCCAUCCUCUCCCUCCAUCCCUCUCUAACCUCCCCCUCCUCCUCCUCUCCCUCCUUCUUCUUCUACCGGUCCACCUCCGCUCGUCUUUCUCCAUCCUCUCUUUCCCUCCCUCCUCACCCUCCUUCCCUCUCGAUCUCCCUCCCUCUCCCUCCUUCUCCCUCUCUUCCCCCCCCUCUCCCCUCCGUCCUCUCCGCCUUCCUCGCUCCCUCCCUACUCUCCUCCUCCCUCUCCCUCCAUCCCUCCCUUACCUGCCCUCCUCACCCUCCUUCCUCUCCUAACCCCUCCCCUCACCCCUCCUUCCCUCUCUAACCUUCCCUCCUCUCCCUCCUUCCCUCUCUCCCUCCCUCCUCUCCCUCCCUCCUCACCCUCCUUCCCUCUCUACCUCCCUCCUCUCCCUCCAUCCCUCUUUACCACCCUCCUCUCCCUCUAUAACUCCCUCCUCCUCCCUCCUCUCCUCACACAAGACAACACUUCCUCAAGUCUCGGCUUUGCACUUCUCAAACCUGGGCCUCAGAGUAGGAGUACUGGUAUAGGAUGAUUUUUUCCCUUUAGAUCAUAAUGAAUAACACUAUGAGGACAGCACUCCUACUUUGAGACACUUCUUGAAUACAGGCCCUGGCAUCUAGACUCUUAACGCAUUGUCCCAAAUGGCACCCUAUCCCUGAGCCAUGGUCAAACGUAGUGCACUAUAUAGGGAAUAGGGUCCCAUUUGAGACUCAGACAAAGACUGUAAAAACCGAGGGUGGCCUCUUGGUUUGUGAGUUAGAAAACAACAACUGAAUAACCAAAUAUGACACUUACCACUGUUUGUUCACUGUAAUAGCUACUGUAAAUUGGACAGUGCAGUUAGAUUAACAAGAAUUUAAAUGUUCUGCCCAUAUAAGACAUGUCUAUGUCCUGGAAAGUUUGCUGUUACUUACAACAGUCAUGCUAAUCACAUUAGCGCACGUUAGCUCAACGGUCCCGUAUACGGGACACCAAUCCCGUAGAGGUUAAGAAGUUGAAAACCACUGGAACAGUGGUAGACUUGCCUGGUAGAGGACCCAAGUGUAUCUUCUCCCCACUCACAGUGAGGAAGAUGGUUCAGGAGGCAAGGAAAAGUCCAAGGAAAGGAGUUGGAGAAUUACAGUACUUGGUCGCGUCUUGGGUCACCAAGUCUACAAAUCUACAAUUAGACGCCACCUCCAUGCCAAUAGGCUAUUUGGAAGGGUUGCCAUAAAAAAAGACGUUAUUUAGAGCAACCACCAAAUGUAAACGCCUGGAGUUUGCUUAACACCAUUGACACUUGGAUUGGAAUCGGUUGCUAUGGCCAGAUGAGGAGAAAAUAGAGCUCUUUGGUCACGCACACCAGUGGAGGGUUUGGCCUCAAAAUAAGGAUGCAUAUGCAUAAAUGAACGUCAUGCCUACUGUAAAAUAUGGUGGUGGAUCUUUGAUGUUAUGGGGCUUUUUUACGUCCACUGGUCCUGGGGCCCUUGUUAAGGUCAACGGCAUCAUGAACUCUACCAAGUACGAGGCUGAAACUUGGCCGCAAGUGGAUCUUGUUAAGUCAGACCAAAUAAUGCAAAUAUUGGACUAAUGCGUAGAUAUUGUAGUUCCCUACUGAACCAGCAUUAUGUGAUUAUUGAUAGUUCCAGAGAGAAUGGUCUGUUCAAUGAUAAGGUGGCUAUUGCACCUAGUAUAUUAUAAUGUGGUUAUAUAUAACCAAAAUUGAAAAUGUUGCAACUCUUGUGCAAUGUGAUAUGACUCUAACAACCUCACUGUACUGUAACAUUCGUGAUCUCCAGUUAUGUAGUAGUCUACCAGCACUACAGCUUCAUAUACUGUACACCUUGGGGUUCUGAAAACUGAUUUGGUAUGGCUCACAUUAGGCAGGCUGGAUUAUAGUUACCCUGCCUGGCCAACCAAAUGUCAUCCCCAGGUUUUAGUAACCCCUCCUGGCCAACCAAAUGUCAUCCCUGGGUUAAAUCCCCUCAGUGCUGGUGAGUGAGUGGAUGUGUCCCAAAUGGCAAGCUAUUCCUUAUAUAGUCCAAUACUUUUGACCAGAGCCCUAUGGGACCUGGGCAAAAGUAGUGCACUAUAAAGGAAAUAGGGUGCCAUCUGAGACGUGUAGUGUCCCAGCAGUCCCUCUGAGCCCUGUUGUCCUUGUGUCUCUUCCAGGGAAGCAGUUCUGGGUGUUCAAGGACACCAUGCUCCAGCCCGGCUACCCCCAGGACAUCUCUAUGUUCGGCCACGGCAUGCCAACCCAGAGCAUCGAGACCGCCGUCUGGUGGGAGGAUGUAGCCAAGACAUACUUCUUCAAAGGGGACAGGUGCGUACACUGAGAUGAGCUGUGUGUGUGGGUGGAGGGGUGUGUGUGUGCGUGCCUUCUUGGGGAAUUGUGUGUGUGUGUCUGUCAGUUCAUGUGUGUGUGUGUGUUUCUAAUGUAUUGGGACUGGGAUGCCUAUGAGAUUGUGAGAUGUAUGUUUUGAUGUCUGAUUAUCCCACACCCUAAUCCCCAUGACUGUCUGUUCAGGUACUGGCGCUACAAUGAGGACAUGAGAACGAUGGACCCAGGCUACCCUAAAUCCAUCACUGUCUGGAAGGGCGUCCCAGACUCUCCACAAGGAGCCUUCGUAGACAAAGCCAAUGGUAAGUUCUCCUAUCUAUCCCAUACUAUCAUUAUUGCUAGACAGUAG